AAAGUUUGUCUUUUUCCUACUGAAGUCUGCCUUCAUCUACUCAAUUUGAUCAGGAAAAGCAGAAGUAUAACGAUGUCAACCGUAACAUCACCUUCAAAUAUCCAAUCGGAUACAAUUAAGGAGGAUCAAUUUGCAGAUUCUCCUAAAAAGGAACAAUCCACCAAUAAACCUAGUGAAUUAUCGUUUACAUUGGAAGAUAACAUAUCCACGAUUUCCGUGAUCAGACAGCAAGAAUUGUACUCAAUGCCUAUAUUGAAUGAAUCAUCUGACAUCUUUUCAAACAAUACAAUUAGCAAUGACAAUUUGAAAAGUAAAUUGGAAAACAUUAAAGAAACAUUGGGUGAAGAACAGUUGGAAGAUGAUAACUUGAAGUUUUGGUAUGAGUUGAUUGAAGAUUAUAGUAAUCAAAUUUUGAGGGAAAGAAGAAUUGAUGAAUUAGAACAACAUUUGAUUGAAGGAAUCCCCGAAUCAUUGAGAUCUUUGGUGUAUUUGAAAACGUUACAAGUUAGAUAUAAAUUGGAACCUAGCGGAUACGAAAAUUUACUUAAAAGAGCCAACAGUUCGUCGUCAACUAAGAACCAGGAACUAUUUCUUGAGAGUUUACCGGUUGAUGCAGACUUGAAGGAAGUUUUGAAAAUUUUCAACUAUUAUACUAACGAAGUUAUUAUAAACACCACUAAGCUAGAAGCAAUAAAUAAUGAUCCAGGUGCUACUCCUUUGGAAGGCGAUACCGAAGAUUUACCUCCAAACAAUUUUGUUAUUCAUCUUAGUAAAUUAAUAAGCAGUUUACCAAAUAUAUCUAAAGAAGAGUUAUUAUCAUUAUUAUUAAAAUUCAAUAAACUAUUCGUGAAUUUAAUCAAAGAUGAAUUUUUCUAUAAAGUUAACAGAUCUUUGGAGGACUUAGCUUCUGACGUGUUCCUUCACCUUAGUAAACAAGGUAUAAAUUUGAUUAAUUUUUAUAAGAAAAUUUUGUUCAAUUUUUUCAAUGAACAAAUUGAAAAUACAACCUUAUUAUAUAAAAUCCUAGAUUUUGUUGUUUUCCAAGGAUUUGAUUUCAUUCCCAGAGUCUUGGUAACUGUUUUUGCAACCAAUGGUGAAAGAAUUUUAAGUCUACAAGGUACUGAGUUGAAUAAUUUUUUAAGUUCCAAACAUUUCUUUAGUGUCAUAAAUGAAGCUGAUAUCCCAUUGAUAUUAAAAAUUGAACCUCAAAUUAUAAAAUUCGAAAAUGAAUAUCAUCUACUCCAUGCAAAUUCAUUGAAUCGUAAUAAUAAUGAACUAACUAAUUUAAAAUCAGUUAAUGAUGAUUUGAUCAUAAAAAUAAAUGAUUUGAAACAACAAUUGAAUAAUUUAAGUAUAACCCAUACAGAAAUCUUGGAACAAAGCAAACAAUUCAAUGACCAGCUUAAAGGCGCUGGACAAGAGAAGCAACUGUUAACUCAACUCAAAGAUGAACUACAAGAAAAGUAUGAAAACUUAACCAUGAAAGAAAACUUGAAAAACACAAUUAAUGCAAAUAAGGAUUUUUCGGCUAGAAAUACAGAAUUGGAAUCCCAAAUUGCUGAUUUGAAGAAAAGCAUUGAAGACAAAACUAGCAAACUUGCCAAAUAUUCUACAAACUAAACUGUGUAGCUAAUAUAUGAAGUACCAC